GUCUUCCUUGGUGUCGCCUUCCUGACUGCUUAAGUUUCGUUGGCUUCAGAUGCAAAACAGAUUGCCAAUUUCAAGCAUUCUGCCUCUGAGACAAAAUUCCUUUUAGAAAAUGACUCCCGCUGAAAUAGAUAGAGAGACAGACUCCAUGAUUAUGUCUCUUAUGGAUAACAUGAAAGCCCUGAGCUUUCAAAGUCAGGAUCUAAGCGAAGACAGCUCAAUCUCCAAAUUAUCGAACUUGGACCAGAUGAAAACCGUACUUCAUUUCUAUGACAAUGUCAUCGAGCAGUUUUCGAAAAUCGCUGAAAAUAUUGUGAAGGCGGCUUCCUUGGAUGAAGAGCUGGCCGGCGUUAGUUACACGGGAAGCAUGAGAGAUGGGACAUACCUACCAGAGUUCUCGGAAUCUUUUGAUACAUACUGGCUUGAAGAAGAUGGCCAGCGCGAGACUAUAGGAGGAGGGGAGGUUGUGGACCCAGAGUUUGAAAGCAGGAACCCAGGUCACAAUCAGUUACUUAAGGUGUUGCCGACUGAGAAGCCAGGGUACUAUAUUGUAAGCUGGUCAGAGUAUGGCCUGGAACGGAAGCGGCAAUGGGAAGAGAAGUACAGGGUGGGUCCGGUCCCCAAGUGUUCGAUCAACGUGUAUAUUCAAUUUACCGAAGAAUUCGAGUACGAAGGGAAAAUGUUAAAGGUGAUUUCACCUUACAAGAUACGUCAGCAUUUAUUGACAGACCUGCCGGAGAGUAUCCAGGGUAGGCCAACGUGGUUUAAGAUAAAUGAGGACAACGCACCCACCGUGAAUUUUCUCAUGGAAGAAGACGUGGGGAUGAGGAAGAAAUUCACUGUAUGCGAUAUUGCCGUUGGCUUGCCUACAACAAUCCCUUGUCUCAAAGAAGAAUGGGUGAAUGAGAAACGACGCACCAGUAAAUGGCUGAGAGAAACUGAUCUUUUGGAGAAGUAUCGACAUGCAACGUAUUCAGUGGUGUCCAAGUCGUGGAAGUCCCACGAGACCAACCUGUCAUUUUGGAGGAUUUCCUACUCGUGGAUAGAGAAGGAGUUCGUCAAUAGUCUUCCACGAGAGCCUAAAAUUUGCCUGAUUAUCCUGAAGGCGAUUCGCCGAAAGCACUUGAGCAAACCUAAAGGGCUGAUCAGCUACCAUUUGAAAUCAGUGUUUCUUUUCCAUUUGGACAAGAAUGGGAGUGAUUGGAAGAGAUCUGAUCGUGCACAGAACAUCCUGAGACUGCUUGCAGAAGUCGCUGAAGCCCUUCAGUCACGGUCACUUCCUCGGUACUUUGAACCCAGGCUCAACACGAUGGAGAGCCUGAACGUGGAGACUGCAACCGAGCUGGAGAGAAAGGUGCAAGAGAUAAUUCGCUCUGGGCGAAUUCUACUCGAGGGAUGUCUGUUUCAGUCCAUGAGUGACGGGCACAAGAAGGAACACUUCCAAAGGGGGUGUUCAGAUCCUGUGUGGUUUGACAAACCACCUUCCCCCCAUACAAAAUCGCGCUGUGAAGACUUUC